AGACGGUGGGGAUCACCUGGGGCCGAAGCAAAAUGGCUAUUUACCGGACAAAAAGAAGAAGAAGAAGAAGGCGGAGGACGACUGGUGUGAGAUGAGUGUGAGCUCACACGAUCACUGGGAUGUAGUGAAAUCUGUGCUCUCAGGUGCAACGUGAGCAGCUGGCCGCCAUCUUCCAGCUGCUGAAAGACAACCAGGAGACUUUUGGUGAUGUGUCAGAAGGAGACAUGGAGGAGCAGCUCAGACUCUACUCCAUCUGAGGCUCCUCUUUGUGUUUUUGGGAUCCACCCCCUGAUUGCACUCCGUUUAACCCAUGAGCGCUAUUGAAGGACUUCUACCAAAUACACCAAUAAACGUGUUCACAGUAUUCAACGCAAGCUGUACAGUCCACAUAACAGCCACUCUCAUCCUUGUUUUAAUAUGAUAUGCUUUUGUUUGUUGUUCUUCCACACGAGGAAGUAACCACAGCAGCUGGAUCUCGUCCAGCACAGAACAGGAUUUUCUAGUUACCCCUCUGUAAAUAUAAUUCAUAAAUGAAUGUUGUUUCUGUUAGUUUUAUAUUAUGGUUAUUUAUGACAUAACUUUUUUUAAAAUCCAAUUUUACCAUUAAAUCUGUACAAAUCCUGUGAAGUCUGUUGUGCAAAACCUCCCCUCUGUUGUGUAAUAAACCAGAUAUUGUACCACUGUGAAGGUGUGGGAGCAUAGUUCUGCUUUUAUUGUAUAUCUCUGGCCCUGCCCAGUGAAGUGUGGUGACAUAGUGUAGAUAUUUCAUUAAACUUUUCCACGAGGGAAAGCAAACUCUUGUCAGCUGUUGACUGAACAGCAAAGCCUCCAGGUCUCAGUCUCGGGAAUGGCACUCCCAAAGUCCAGGCUUUUUUUCUGGCUGCUCGUGAGCUCAGUUUUAAUUGUGGUUUUUAUUUUAUCAUGGGGAGAUUACUCAAGAAAUAUCAGGUAAGUUGUUUUUAAGUGUAAGACUUAGAGGAAAGACGGGAACUUAUCUGUAAUGUUUUCUAGUUGCUAAUUCUGUUAAAUUGUCUUCAUAGAAAUGUUUCAGCACAUUUCCAUGUUCAGUAUUUUAAUUUAAGUCACAUAAAGGUGUGUCUUGCUAAUUCUACUGUUGCAUCCAAUUUUUUUUUUUUUUUUGUCAAACUUCCACAUCAGCUUGGCUGCUUUCUCAGUGACAAACAGAAGUGAAGAAACGUCUCACUUCUGGGAUUUAAUAAGAAACUCGACUCCCCUAUCUGUUGUGUUUAACUUGACACGUGCGGCUGAUUCUGAAAAAACAAACCCAGUAACGAAGCUUAAAGUGGAUCAGUUGGGAAGCUCUACACAUGCUGCUGUAGCUGAGACUCCCAUGCCCAUCCUCUACAGAAGUUCCUUCAAGAAGGCUCCUCGGUGGGAUUUUGAUGAUGUUUAUAACCAGGAUGCUCCACCCAGACCCUGGACAUGUGCUGAGUCUCUGCGAAACUCUGAGGAUGAGAGCUUCAAAAAGGCUUUCCUUCCCAACAUACGUGUGUUUCUGCACAAGGACAACAUCAACAUGAGCGAGUGGAACCGGCUUUCACAUUUUAACAAUCCCUUUGGUUUUAUGCAGUUUCCCUAUGACGAGGUGAUGAGUGCUGUGAAGUUGAUCCCAAAGCCAAAAGAGCCACUGCUCCUUCCAAAGCCAGGCAGCGGCGGGUGUGUGCGCUGUGCUGUGGUGGGCACGGGGGGGAUCCUCAACGGCUCCAAGAUGGGGAAAGAGAUCGAUGCUUACGACUACGUUUUCCGGAUGAACGGUGCAGUCACCGAAGGUUACGAGGAGGACGUGGGAAACAGAACUUCUGUGUAUGUUCACACAGCACACUCCAUCAAUGCGUCGCCAUAUUUUUUCAGCAAGUACGGAUACAAAGCCGCCCCUCAUGAUGAGGGUAUAAAAUACGUGAUGAUACCUGAGGGGAUGAGGGAUUACAAUUGGCUCGGUGGUCUUCUGAGAGGAGAAAUUAUUGCUAAUGGCUCAUAUAGAAACAAGAGGCCAAGGACAUACUACUCUGGGCAGUACAACGAGUCCCGCUUCUAUGUUCUGCACCAGGAUUUCCUCAGAUACGUCAAAAACAGGUUCUUAAAGUCUCGUCAUCUGAAUAGUUCACACUGGGCAAUAGUCAGACCAACCAAUGGGGCAUUCGCUGUCUUCCUGGCUCUGCAAACCUGUGACACUGUGAGUGCAUAUGGAUUCAUGACUGAGGACUACAAGAAAUACAAUAACUACUACUUUCAGAAAAAUAUUAAAACUCAUGUCGUUUUCUACUCCAAUCACGACUAUAUCCUGGAGAUGAAGACGUGGAAAAAACUACACGACAGCAAAAUACUGAGGCUCUAUCAAGGACCGGACUCAGAAAAAGGGACAGAAAAGCCGAAGUAACACUGAUACUGAUACACUGAGGAUGGCGUCAAGAAUCUAGGUCAAUUUACCCAAACCAUGUGAGACAGUAUGUGACUGACGAUUCUACACCUUAGGAAGACUUUCCUAUAUAUUCUAAUAUUCAUUUGACUCUCAUUGAUAUAAAUGUGGUGGACAAAAUACAUCUAACACCUCUCUGUAGACAAAGUGUAACAGCACUGGAAACUGAACCGUGAUGUUAAUAAUAUUAGUAGUUGUUCGUAAUUAGUUUUAAUAUUAAGUAGAAACAGAAAACUUUACAACUGUUGUCACUUAAAAUUGAUUGACUAGAGCUGGAAAACAGUAUAACAGUUAAAUGUAUAUAUGCUAACAGUGGUUCGGCGGUCAGUGUAUUAUUAAAAUAUCCAAUGUUAUUAUCUAUGAAAUUAAGGAGCUGGACAAUUAGGUUUCAUUUGGCCAUGGUAUGUUGCACUGUAAUAAAAUUUGGUGCAGGCCAUCUGAUAAAAUAAGAAAAAAAAAGAAGAUAUGUAUAUCUAUAUGUUCAGAACUGAGGGGGUCUUGGGGUCCCGCAGGCAAAUGGGAACCUUGAGAAGGCCAUAAGGUAAUCAUCCAUCCAUCCAUCCAUCCAUCCAUCCAUUUUCUUCCGCUUAUCUGGGGCUGGGUCGUGGGGGCAGCAGGUCAAGCAAAGCACCCCAGACAUCCCUCUCCCCAGCAACACUUUCCAGCUCCUCCUGGGGGACCCCAAGGUGUUCCCAGGCCAGAUGAGAUACAGUAUAUAAUCCCUCCAGUGUGUUCUGGGUCUACCCCGGGGCCUUCUACCAGUGGGACAUGCCCGAAACACCUCCAGCGGAAGGCACCUAGGAGGCAUCCUGAUUAGAUGCCUGAACCACCUCAACUGACCCCUUUUGACGUGAAGGAGCAGCGGCUCUACAGUGGUGUUAGAUGUAGCUAUCCAGAGCGACAGCAACAUCAGGAAGAAGGAACACAAGAAGCUGGAAAAAUACUAAGAGCUGAAAGAGGAGCUAGAAAAGAUUUGGGCAGUUAACAAUGGUGCCAUUGUUAAUCGGUGCACAAACUGGAAGAGGGGCUCCAGCUGAUUCCACAUAAAACAUCUGAGGUCUGAGACUAUUGGUUUUUUUCUGCAACUUGUUGGUGGAGGCAUUCAUGGGUGGUGGUAUUUCUAGUUUUGGGUUAGGGUUAGAGUUAACAAUGACUUUUACUUCAAGGCAGUUCGCUUCAACAGCAUUUUACAUGAUCACUGGUCACAGAUCGUCCUUGAAUCAAUUUAACUUUUAUCGAUCUCCUGCCUCCAGGCACCAUCACUGAUAUCAUCAUACACAAACAGAAAGAAGCAAAAAUAUGUCCUUCGUAGGAUGGUUUCAUGUUGUCUUGUUUUGACAUGUUUUUCACUUUGAUGGAAUGCAGUUGGUGUUGAUCUGUUGGUUUCUGGUCUGUUUCAAGCUCACGAGACAGCACAUCCCGUGGUUAUCACAAUAACCUUGUAAUCUGAUGAAGUCUCUGUAAACAACACUUGUACUGCGUUUAAUGUUUGUGGAAUAAAUUUGUCAGUCCUGCCUUUUAAUUCAAAAGUGAAAUUGGUUUUAGAUAGUGUGAAUACCAUAAACUCAGACAUGCAUGGUUCCCAGAUGAUGAAACCUGAUGACUUUGAUCAGCAGUUUAACAUUUGUGGUUUUGAUUGAAAUGUCUCAACAAGUAUUGAACAGAUUGCCAUGAACUUUAGCACAGACAUUAUUUCCCCCUCAGGAUCAACUGAAAUAAAUUUAGCUAUCUCUUAACCUGUGUUCAGAUAAAUAGAAUGCUUUGUUAAACUCAUCAAACAUAGUGUACCAUAAAUAUUCAAUAAUAAUCCAUAAACAAUUGAAAUGAACUGACAAUGUGAAGACAAAAAUAACUGAGUCCCUUCUCUGUUGGUCCACUUUUUGGUGAACUUUAAGAGGACUAUGUUUGGUUCAUUUAAAAAGGACUAAAUGUGAACACACCCUAACUGAGCGCAGUAGAUUUCCCUGAAAGUUAUUGAAUCAAACAGCACCACCUGCUGACCUAUUAGAGUUACAACUGCAAAGUAAGAGAACAGUAAAACACCUGUUCUUUUUUCCUUAUCUUAUUCACUUAUUUAUUUCAUCAAGACAUAUUAGCUAAUGAAAAUGUGACAUCAA